AUGGGCUGUGCCAACAGUGCUCCCGCGGUUGAUCCUGCGGUGGAUGCCAAGUUUGAGCCACCUUUGGGCCCUCCAAACCCAUCGAAUCCCACGUGCUGGCUGGAGAUCGACUGCGAUGGCAAAGUGCUGGGGAGAGUGGAGAUUGAAUUGAAAGCAGAUUCCGUUCCCAAAACAGCUGAAAAUUUCCGUGCGCUGUGCACCAUGGAGAAAGGCUUCGGCUUUAAGGGCUGCAAGUUCCAUCGGAUCAUUCCGGACUUCAUGUGCCAGGGGGGGGACUUCACGAAAGGCAACGGAACCGGUGGAAAGUCCAUCUAUGGGGAGAAGUUCGAGGACGAGAACUUCUCCUUGAAGCACACCGGGCCCGGUAUCCUCUCCAUGGCGAACGCAGGCAAGGACACGAAUGGAAGUCAGUUUUUCCUCUGCACGGUCACCACGAGCCACCUGGAUGGUGCCCACGUGGUCUUCGGCCAAGUCAUCAAGGGCUACUCUGUAGUAAAGGCCGGGGGGGUAUGGGCUAAUCUAGGUUUAGGGUUUAGGGUGCAGGGUUUAGGGCUUAGGGUUUGUAAGAUUUAG